UGCUGAUUCUAGCGGCGCGCGGUAGGUUUUGCGUACGCUUGACGUCUCCUCCUCUCUCUUUUCACUCUCUCUCCCGUUUCUCCCUCAAUCUACAUACCGUCUCCAUCCAUCCUCCAUCAACUCAGACCUCGCGGAAAGAAGGAAAUACUCUGUUGGAAUGGAUUAAUAACGAGCAAAUGAGAUGGACGUGUGAUCAGAAGGAUGGAAUCGUUUCACCUUUUUCUCACAAUCCUCGCGCUUCGGGCCAGUCUCGCCUCCGCGGCAGGUCGACAUUUCGGCUGCCUGUUUGAGGAGGGUCUGUGUCUGAACUAUGAAGUCUGUCUUAAUGAUGCCAUGUUCGGCCGCUGUGAGGCUGCGCCACUAACAGACGUCUACACGUAUGACGUCACACCAGCAACGGUACAGAGAUUCCAGACGCUGCUUCAGAAACUGGCACACAGAGGGUUAUCUUGGGAAGAUGAUGUCACACAACAAGUUUUAUCAAACGAGUUCUCAAAACUACACAAAGUUUCCCUACCAUUACCAGAGCUCAGGCGGCAGGGUUAUGGGGCUGCUGUUGGAGACAGGAGAAUGAAAUCAUCUGAAGCUGAGGUUAGGAAGACCCUGAAAUACCUGCAGCAGCUGGGACUGCUACCAAAAACAUCACACAAGGGGGUGGAGAUUCAGUAUCAUCGCUCUGGAGAACCACGCCCAGAAUCUGACUCCUCCCCUCCUGAGUUCAUUCCAGAGGUGUCCUAUCAAUCAAAGUCCUACCCUGACCUCAGCCGAUACCAGAGCGAUGCGGCACAAGUUCCCCAGCAGGAAGAGGGGUCAGACCUGCUCACAGCUGCUCUUCAGAAGUAUCUCUCCAAGAACAAACCGUCUCAGCCUGAUCUGGGAGACAGAUCCAGAACGGACCGACUCUACUUAAAAGAUGGAUCAACAAAGUCUUCCACCAGUGACUCUCUUACACCUGUGGAUGAAUCCUUCAUCUGGAAAGUUCUGCGUAAUGUGGGAAGGCACAGUGUGGAUGUAAAGAGUCUGAAGGCAACAGAACUGGAUAAGCUUGCUGUGCUUAUUGCAGACGCUCUGCAGGUCGUGGAACAGCAGGCAGGUCAAGGAGAAACACCCAGAGACCUGGAGACACAGCAGAGCUCUGAGGGUGAGGCAGAAGACAUGCAAUAUGAUGACCAGCAUCCUGAGAGUUAUGCAAUGAAUCAACCCCCUGAAGACAAUGCUCAGAAUCAGAGGAAAGAGGAUGAGGACAAUUCAUCUGUCACUCAGAAGACAGUCCAAACCAUCCCGUCUGUGACAGAGGAACAGACAGUAGUUGAGGAGAAGAGAACUAUGGACAACAAGCAGGAUGUGGGCUUUUUAGGAAAGCUGCUGGAGUACCUGGAUAAAACCUCUAGCUCAGAACCAGAACCUGUUGAUAGGGGACAGGGCGUGUCUGUGGAGACUGUUCGUAGCCGAACGACACACAGAGAGGUGGGGAUGCAGAAAAAGGCCAUCGAGAGAGUGGAGGAGGUAGAAGGCUGGGUCCAUGCAGCAGCUAUAGCACCCUCCUCUGGGCAGAAAGAAAACCCUGUACCACACCGCAAAAACAUGAAAGUACAGGAUCUUCAGCUGGAUGUCCAAAGAAAUGCUAAAAAUGACAUCUAUGGAUACAUUAUUACUGACACAGAGAAACUUACCACUGAUAAGGGUUUGAAUCUGAUGGAGUUGGUGGCUCAUAAAGCGAAGAUUCAAAUGACGGAUUUCUCAGAGCUCUCUGUUGUUAGCCCAGCUGUGACAUUUCAGGUCCGUACAAAUGCUCAGAACAUCACUACAGCGGAUGUGGCUAAUGUGGCAGUCAGUCAGAAGGAUGAAUUAGAGAAAGAAGUGAAAGUCAAGAUUGUAGAGGCUGGAGUCACUGAUAGGAGCAAACUGAAUCAAAUUCCCACUAAGUACAGUCGCUCCGAGUCUCUGAAGUUUCUGAUUCUGACUGUGAUUUCCAUCAUCUGUAUAACUGGAGUAUUGCUGGCAUCCAGUGUGAUCUACUGUCUGCGUCACCGCUCUCAUCACAAACUCAAAGAGAAGCUCACCAACCUUGGAUCUGAGCCCACCACUGACGCCACUGCUACCUACCAGGAACUGUGUAGGCAGCGAAUGGCAGUAAAACCUCCUGUAGAGAAGUUGGAUCCUAUUCACUCUUCUCGUAUAAAUAGUGUGUCAUCUCAGCUGAGUGACGGCCCAUUGCCAAGCCCCUCUGCACGCACUAGCACCUCCUCCUGGAGCGAAGAGCCUGCCCACUCCAACAUGGACAUCUCUACUGGUCACAUGAUACUGGCAUAUAUGGAGGACCACCUGAAAAAUAAGAAUCGUUUGCAGUCGGAGUGGGAGGCUCUGUGUGCUUACCAGGCUGAGCCCAAUGCCACCACCAUUGGCCAGAGAGACGGCAACGUCAAGAAAAACCGUGCUAGCACAGUCAUAGCCUAUGAUCAUUGCAGAAUAACUCUGAAGGUGGAGAACAAUCAAGGCAACUCGGACUACAUCAAUGCCAGCCCAAUUAUGGAUCAUGACCCUCGUAAUCCUGCAUACAUUGCCACUCAGGGCCCGCUGCCCUCCACCGUAGCUGACUUCUGGCAGAUGGUCUGGGAGAGCGGGUGUGUGGUGAUUGUCAUGCUGACUCCUCUCAAUGAGAACGGUGUGAAGCAGUGUUACCACUACUGGCCCGAUGAAGGCUCCAACCUCUACCACAUUUAUGAGGUUAAUCUGGUUUCUGAGCAUGUGUGGUGUGAUGAUUUCCUGGUUCGGAGUUUUUAUCUGAAGAACAUGCAGACUAACGAGACCCGUACGGUCACGCAGUUCCAUUAUCACACGUGGCUGAGCGACCAAACACCCGAAACCAGCCAAACCCUGCUUGACUUCCGCAGGAAAGUAAACAAAUGCUACCGUGGAAGAUCCUGCCCUGUCAUUGUUCACUGCAGUGAUGGAGCUGGACGGACUGGGACGUACAUUUUGAUUGACAUGGUGUUGAAUAAAAUGGCCAAAGGUGCAAAAGAGAUUGAUAUUGCUGCUACGCUGGAACACCUGAGAGACCAGAGACCUGGCAUGGUUCAGACCAAGGAUCAGUUUGAGUUUGCACUGACGACUGUAGCUGAAGAGGUGAACGCUAUUCUCAAAGUCCUGCCACAGUGAUACUUCCUUUCUCUUUCUCACUCUCGGUUGUAUAUAAAAUGAUCCCAUUUCUGAGAAGAUAUAUGUCCUAUAGAAACUAUUUUGUCUGUAAAUGAUAUUUAAUAGUAAUUAGGAAUUGUGUAUUGUUUUAGUUUUGUGUAAUUAUAAAAACAAAAUCAUUUUAUUUUUCUCUGUCAUUGUUUCAGAUUUUAAUUACUCUCUCAUCAUUGCUAUUUAUUUUGCAUAUCGCACAGAAAACUGGCCAGAUCUGUUCUAAAUAUAUAGUUAAUUGGACCUGAAUUUAUUAAACUAAUCUGUAUGUGCUUUGUUAUUUAGAACUGUGUUCUAUGAGUUGUGACAACUACAGUUUAUCUGAUCAUUAGAGACUCAUACAAAGCCAAAACAUCUUGCAUGGAGACAAUUGCUGCCUUUCCAAGCCAAUGAAAAAACGCUCACUAAAUCAUGAUGUUUAACUUGACCUGAACCUUUAUUAUAAGACUAAAACUCUGAAGUACUACCACUUCCAUUUGGUGUUAAAAUUUAAUCUGUGCACACAAAGCAAGUAGAAAUGCAUGCAAGACUUGUGCAGUUGUGCUUUAUGAACUUCCAGCAAACUUGUGCAUAGAAAAUGUAAACAAAUAAAGACUAAAUUGUUAUUGUGUGAUUCUGGCAAAUUACAAAUACACUGUAUGAUCUCCAUGCUGUUAUCAAGAAGUUUUGUGAGUAUAAGGAGGAGUUCAGAUCAAUAAACAACCACAAGAGCAAUAAACAUUCUCUCACUUUAAUAAGAAGCAUCAAAGCAAACAAGGGAAUGAGGUAUUGCAUAUCCUGAUGCUCUAUGUGGGUAUCAAUUCAUCUCUUAAUACAGAUACUAAUGUGGCCUGACCCCAAAAGCACCUCCUACAUCAACAUGUAAACCUAUAGCAGGCUGUUCCUGCACUGUCUGCAAAGAUUCAUUAGCGGAUAUGCUGUAAAAGAGUUUUUGUGAUGGGCCGGUUUGUUUCUCUAACCUGUCUGUUUUGACAAUACGAGUAAUCAUUGUUAAAACCUCAGUGAUAAGAUUGAUCGUUACUAACAAGCUCAUCUGUAUGACUAAGUUUAGUCUGUGGAUAUUUAAAUUCAACAUUAACAGACUAUCAGUGCGUAUUGCAACUGAAUCUGUUUUGAUCCUGUGCAGCUCCAUAAUAAAGUUUCAUGUGUCUGUGAAGUAAAGCAUAAA